GGCGGCCUCUCGCGAGACCUCGGCGGUAGCGCUGCUCUGGGCUGCCGCCGCCGCCAUGGAGCAGCCCCUGAGGAGCCCGCCGGGGCUCACCACCGUCCUGGCGAAGACGGACUGGUCUGAGCCCUGGCUGGUGGGGCUGGCGGUUUUCCACGUCCUCUGCUUCCUGCUAACGUACAUCUCUUUCCAGCACUACCGGGUGCAAAUAGGGCACUUCCUCUGCAUGGUGGGCUUAGUGUACUCUGCUGAAUACAUAAAUGAAUUAGCAGCUAUGAAUUGGAGGCUGUUUUCUAAAUAUCAAUACUUUGAUUCAAGAGGAAUGUUUAUUUCACUAGUAUUUUCAGCACCACUGCUAGUGAAUACUAUUAUAAUUGUGGUCACCUGGGUUUACAGAACUUUGAAUGUUAUGACUGAGCUGAAGAUACUACAGCAGAGAAUGAAAGCAGAAAAAGAGAAAAAGAAGUGAAAGCGCCUAACACUGUUGGUUUUGGGGUUUUUUUUAUAAUUGUAAUAAUACUUGUCCAGGUAAUCAGGCCUUCUGUAUCUUUGUCCAGAAACAGCAAUGUUUUUGUGUCAUGUCAAGAGGGCUUCACAGCGUGUGGUCAUGGACAAUUAGGAGAAAGCACGUGUCUAACAAUACAUUUGAAUGGGUCAUGAAAUUGAGAAACCCAGCCUCAAAAGAUCUUUCCACCCUUCAGUGUAAGAUAGUUCUCACCAUGACCAAGGCUAUUAGUAUGGGAGCAUGAGACAGAAUCUUCAAGUCAGUUUCCAUUUGCCUAUGUGUUUUUUAACUGUCUUCGUUGUCUGUUUAUUAAGUAUCUAGUCUUCUGCUUCUUAAGCCAAUUGGAGAUGUGUUGUGAAUUCCAGUAAAUGAGGGAAUGUAUUCAGAAUACCUCAGGAAUCCAUGCUUCUAUGAAGCGUUAAACUUCUUGAUAAAUCAAGUUUUAUAUUUCCUGUAUUGUGUGCCAGUGGCAUUUUAUUUAUAAAAUUAUCCAUUGUAUCUUAAA